AUGGCAAACCCUUACACAACACAAAAAAAAACUCAAAGAAAGUAUGGACAAAAAGAAAAAAAAGAAGAAGAGAAAAAGAAAGAUUAUCUUGCUUUUAUGUUUAUUACGAAUAUAAUGGUGUGGAAGGUUUCCCUGCCAACACAUUCUUGUAGAGCUCAUACUGUUGACAAGACCGAAACGAGAAAACUUUUCUGA